AUGUCUAACACAAUAGUUCAAUACAUUUUGUUGAGAACGGAUUUGUUAAAGGAGCUAGGAUGGUCGAUAGGCUCAGUGGUAGCUCAGGCUUGCCAUGCAUCAACAGCUGUUCUACAUUUAUACAAAGAUGAUGAACACACUAUACAAUACUUGAGUGAUAUGGAUAAUAUGCACAAAGUUGUUUUAGAGGUACCAAAUGAGGAAUCAUUGAAGAAAGUAGCUGAAAAAUUAAAAGAGAAUUCAAUAUCACAUAAAUUAUGGAUAGAACAACCAGAAAAUAUUCCCACAUGUUUAGCAAUGAAGCCUUAUCCAAAAGAUGAGGUCAAAAAGUUUGUGGGAAAAUUUAAUUGUUGAAACUGCAAAUCAAUUCUUGAAUGUUUCUGUAAAAGUGUGUAAAGUAAAUUAUAAAUAUCUAUUGUUUAAAAUUGUCCUUUUUACCUUACCCUAGGUACGGAAUAGCUUUUUAUUUAAUCUUGUAUGAUUGUUUAAUCAAAAUCUAAUAACACAUCACAAGUCAUUUUUGUCAUUUAUAUUUUACUACUUUUAUAAUUAAGCUUUGGUUAAAUUGUAUAUGACUACAAGACAAGACAGAUGUGCUAGUAGCUACUCUGUUUAAAAGUAUACACGGUGAUUUUUUAGUAGUCUUACAAAAGCAGCCCAGUGCAUGUAUCCGACGUA